CUUCAGAUUUUUAACAAUAAUUUGUUGCUGUUUCUCUCACACGGCUUUCCCUUCCGGUGAGGUGUCAUCAAGAUGUCGAAAGUCACGUUCAAAAUUAUCCUGACUUCGGAUCCAAAACAGCCAUACAAAGUAUUAAGUGUUCCAGAAAAAGCACCUUUUACUGCUGUUUUGAAGUUUGCUGCAGAGGAAUUCAAAGUUCCUGCUGACACAAGUGCCUUGAUAACAAUGGAUGGAAUUGGCAUAAACCCAGCUCAGACUGCAUCUAAUGUAUUCAUUAAACAUGGCACAGAACUUCGAUUAAUUCCACGUGACCGAGUAGGACUUCUACAAAGACACUGCACAUCAGAAUUAUCUUAAUUUAUACUAACGCCUCAUCUCUACAUUUAGUGUAGCCUAAAUCAUAACUGAAAACGUUUAACAUUGUGUUCAAAUUUUAUUGAACAUGUAACUGUCUUGUUAAAAUAUUAAAAUAUACCCUCAAAGAAUUGUUGAAUAAUCUGUUUGACUUAUGUUUUAAAUUUCUCUGAAUAAUGAUUAUUAGAAGGCAUUAUUUUUUUCCAGAUUUGCUCUUAACUUUCUUAAAUUAUUCUUCAACAUUUACAGUCAUCUCCCUUGCUCUCAUGCCUAAUGUCGUCAAUCAAUAUUUCUGCCAGCUUGCCAAAAUAUAUGCUCUGCUCUCAUAAGAAAUGAACUACUGUUGUUAUUGCUUUUAUUCUGAUAAAAAUGUUCUCUCUUAA